AUGCCCCCGAAGCAGGACAGCACCGCGUGGACCAACGAGCACCAGCUCUCCGUCCUGCGCCACAUCGUCGCCUCGUCCCUCGCCGCCCGUCCCGCUCUGUACGCGCAGCCGCAGAUGGCCGGCGUCAACGGCAACGGCGGCAGCCGUAUCAAUCAGAAGCUCCAGGCGACGCUCGCACUCCUCGUCAAGCAGUUCCCCGAGGCCGAGGGCAUGAUCAAGGACGAGGUCGCCAAGCUCUCGGGCGGCAAGGCCGGCGCUGGCGGCGCGGCUGGCGGUGCGCGUCCGCGUGAGAACAAACGCAAGAAGAGCGACGAUGAGGAUGAGGUUUCGGUCAAGGAGGAGUAG